GGAUAGAAGGACAUAGAUGAGUGCAUAUACAAAAACAUCUCGAGCGGCUCUUUAUGAGUCUGAUAUCGAUGCAUCAUCGGGAUCCGAUACAGAAUCCUUAGGAUACGGGAAUAUGGAAUUUGAAUUUGUGGAAGUUUAUCAAGGGAGUCCAGAGAAAGAAGUUGAAGAAGCACAAACGAUUAAUAAUGACGUACAUGACGUAUCAAUGGGUGGCAUUGAAGAACAAGUACUUGAAGAUGAGGACGAUGAGUUUGAGUUCCCAUUGUUUGCAUCUGGCCCCACCAAGAAGUCCACAACCGAACCAGUGGAUGGGGAGGAAGAAAGAGGAAGAAGCACCACCAGAGUCAUGAAGGUAUCUUUAAGAGAUGCAUCUGAAGAAAAGAUUGUCAAUGAAAGAAACCCCGAGUAUUAUUUCGCAAGAUUUUCAGAAGUGGAAAGAAACCAAUUUAUGAGUGUUGCUGUGACAUUUGAAGAUAUAUAUAGUCAAUACCAGAUGCCCGCAAUAGAGUCACAACCAUGGAAAGUGUUAGAUGUCGGGAAAUAUAACAAGAGAAUAGAGGAGGAGAAUGCUAGGGAGACUCUCCAUAAACGUAAAAUACGAAGAAGGGCAGGAAAGAAAAAGAGAGAAAAUAUUAUACAAUGCAAAGAACGGAAAGACGAACGAGCCAGGAUAGAGAAAAAGAUCGAGAAGGAAAAGCAGGCAAAGUUGAAAAAGAAAAUGUUCCAUAAGAGAGGUGGUAAGAAGAACAAAAAGAAGGCUACAACAGCCCCUUCAAAGCCCAAGUAUAAAACCGAGUGA